AUGAGCUCUUUUGAUAUACAGUAUGUGUGCAGAGGCCACAAUUUUCUCUUCCCUCGAGUUGAAUUAAGGUGAGUUUUAAAACGUUGCUUGGUCGUUUGCAGUUCUACUGAAUCCGUCGAAAAUUCGAUUCAUAGUAACUGCUGAUCAAGCUUUGCAAUUAAUUUACAAUGGGCCCUGUGAUCUAUGUUCACGUCACAUAGAUGAAGGGUACCUCCAGUUUCAACGUUUUUUCUUUUAUUUAAAAAUAUGAUAACAAUAAUAAAAAAGACAUGAAGCUGUUGUUGCAGGAUAAGAGAUUGUUAAGAGAAUUCCUAUUCAGAGGUCACAAGGCCCAUACAAUGGAUAAUAAUAAUAUAUUUUUAAGCUAAUUACUUCGGCGGAGCGCGAAGUAAAGGAUUCGCGACGCUUAGGAAUGUAUCAAAGUUACAAUUUUUUGACAAGAUUGGGCAAGCAAAGUCUGUAGGUUUUCGGUUUUAUUCGGCUAUUUGACGAAGUGAGAGCCGAAUUAGUCCGAGAUAUCUCGAGAUCACUUCGAUUUCUUUGAUUUAUUCUUUAACUUUUUCGAGGAAGAAAGAAUUAUUAUUUUGGCUUCCCCGGGGUUUGAACCGACUCACCUGUGUGACCCAUAAGGUCAGAGGAGACUCUAAGUUGAGGGAUUAGCCAAUUGCGCUACUGCGACCCAAGGUAGUUCGGGAUAUGAAAAAUAGUUAUGAAAUUAUGCACUAGUUUCGGGACAAGAUUGGGCGUGCAAGUUCGCGACUUUUCGGCUUGUGUCGGCUAUUUCACGAAAUGAAACCGGACUACUUUGUGAUACCUUGAGAUCACUUCGAGUUUAGCCUUUAAUUUACUCGAGGAAUAAAUAGAGGAUAUUACGUGGCGCUCAAAGACACGAAAUUUCUCUUCGGGAGUGUCGAAAAAAAACAUUUCACGAGUGAGCCCUUCUUUGGAACUACUUUAUGAUGAAUUUAAAGUUACAAAACGCUGCACAAAGACAUUUUGUCUUUAUUGAGUGUUACGUAGUAAAAUUGCUUUCAUGCGUUGCGUGACGUUCUCGAACGUUCUCUACUUUUUUGGAUUAAUCAUGAAUAAUUAAUUAGGGCAUGUUUACAUUUCAGCAUUAGUCAGCAGAUUUGCAUCAGUUACUGAAAUCAUAAAAUAUGUCGAAAAGCUACUACUAUUCGCCCGUUUAGUAUUUUCUAGAACCUUAUGUCAAACGGUAUACAAGUUCCAAGCGAGGUCUUUUGACGAACUAAGUUUUUUUCCCACGAGUUGGACUGCUGUGUUUAGUCAAGUGUGACGAAGGCCGAUUUUCAAGUUCUGUGUUUACAAGUUGGCGGAAGCCGUAAGAUAUCUGAAGUUCAAGUGAGAGUUUGUUAUUAUUGGUAGAGGCUGUUUAGUUGUACUUAAGUUCAAGUCAAGUUUGUGUUGGCGGAAGCUGUGUUUUAAAUCUCUGAAAAGGCUAUGUUCCUUUGGUAUUAAAUUAACUUCCUUGAGUUAAUCCGACAUUCCUGCGUGCUGAUAGUCAGUGAAUAAUUAUCCUCAAAACAUUCGAACUCGUAACAGCCAAUUCCAUGCUCAACGUAAUUGACUACUUACCCAUGCCUUACAUAUCUUUAAUCAGUACAUGAGACUGCUAUGCUGUUUUUGAAGCCUGAUGUGACUAAGAAAAAUAGAGAAUUCUUUUUUCACUCUUUGUUUUGUUAGACUUGUUAGUCACCGCCAGUAACCUCACAUUUGACUUAGGUCUAAACGUUUAGACCCAAGUCAAAUUUAGAAGGAUUUGUAUGGAGUCACCAGAGCAUAACUGGGCUAAUAUCUCAGAGACAAUUUGUCCCGAAAUGCUAGUUUUUGGCAAGUAGGCCUCUUGGAUGUUGCUCUUUUCAGAAUAUCCUGACAAAUCUCAUAAUUUCACAAACUAACACCUUACUCUUACCAUAUUUCAUUUCUUACUAUUCCUCCGCAUUUACAAUUAAUCAGUUCCACAGCCACGACGCCGAAGUGUACGCUCCGUAGCGUCUUGUUCUUAUUUAUUUUUGCCAGUGUCGGCCGGGACUCCUCGUCUUUGACAACAUUACCUGUUAUUUCAAUCUUAUGCCAUUUCACCAUACUAAGUGACUACCAAGAGAAUGUGCAAAUUCUGUAUUGCAAUGUACAAUCCCAGUUUGAAAUGGACUGUUGCAUAAUUGAUAUCAGCACUCCCCUUUGGUUAAGGAAGUGAGCAAAGAUCAAUGGAAUUCUCUAGGGGGUAUGUUGUAAUAGUUUUGGAAAUCCUUGGGGAAUAGUCUUAAACAUUGGAGUUAUUCAGGGUAAACAAGAAUUCAUGGAAUUUUAUUAGGAAAAAAAGUACUGUUCAAUAAGUUCCUCAGGGGUUUAUAAAUUCAUAUCUUAAGGAAGUCUCCCGGGUGAAUGCAGUCUAAUAGAAUUCCUCAGGAGUAAGAAGGAAGUUUAUUAUAUGUUGUCAACCGGGAAGAGGGUGUGGCUAUUAAAUGUGAUAGCCCAAUUUUUUUCUGCCAUUGAAGGACGACAAAGCACACACAAUGACCGCACACAACAGCAUUCAAGGACUAGACAAAGCAAAAUCUGGAUGGUACCACUCACAGCAUCCACAACACUUGACAUAAGCAGCGUUGUUGUUAGGCAAUUGGCAUGUGCAGUAAAUAGGUACAUUUUUGCCUACCACAGGAUGAACAAGCUCAACUGUAUCAUCAGUUGGUGGGAACUCGGUCAUCCUUGAAGACUCCAGGCAAUCAACAAGGUGCGGGCGCAUGGCUCUCUGGUCAUAUCUCUUGGUGGUGGAGUCACCACCAUGGCAUAGAGUGGUGGCAAAGGCUAUAG